AUGCCGGUUUCCUGGGAGAGAGAUCUGGGGAAGGCGUGCGUAGUAGACAGAGGAAGUCCAAAUGUAGAAAGAAGUGAUCUCUGUCUAGAAGAAACUCAUGAUGCUGUUUCUUCUUUUCCAGUUUCAGAGGUUCAUGAACCGCCGCCGAAGAAUACAAGCAGAUGCAAUGUGCCCUCUGAGAGCAUGUACAAACACCUGUACUGGCGGAGUUUAAAAGACGCCGACAACUUCUGGAAAGAGCGGGCACUAGAGAAACUUCGUUGGUUUCAGCCCUUCACGAAAACUCAACAUGGGUCGCUCAAAGACGGAGAUGUCUCCUGGUUUCUCAAUGGAAAACUCAAUGUGAGAGGCCCUCGGCCCCUUCUGUUGCUGAAGCAGCUGCAGCAGCUGCAGCAACAGCAGCAGCAGCAGCAACAGCAACAGCAGCAGCAAGGGAGCAGUA